CGCCUCUCGAGAGAACUAGAUUGUGGGAUUAAAAAAAAGUCUCAGUUUGAUUGAUUGUGAAAGAGAAAGGAAGAAAGAAAGAAAGAAGGAAAAAGGGGGAAAAAUCGUGAAAGGGAAAGUAUGAAACAGCUACACAAACAAGCGAGCUUAAAUCACAGAAGGGAGGAAGAGAUGGGUAAUGUUCAAGACGAUACCCCACCGUACUCCCCCAAAUCAAUCAAGCACAGCAGAUCCCUCCCCAGAUCCAUUAACUACCUCUUACGAGAGCAGCGUCUUCUCUUCAUCCUCGUUGGGAUCUUGAUUGGUUCCUCCUUCUUCAUCAUUCAGCCCACCCUCUCUCGUAUUGGCCCAACCGAGGCCCACUCUUUCAUCCCUCGAUCCACCGGCCUGGCCCGCGUUGAUACCGGCCUCGGUAGAGUGGGCCGUGUCCCCGUCGGAAUCGCCGGUCGCCGAUUGAGAGUCGUAGUCACCGGCGGUGCGGGUUUCGUUGGAAGCCACCUGGUUGACAAGCUCAUCGCGAGAGGGAAUGACGUUAUCGUGAUCGAUAAUUUCUUCACCGGAAGGAAAGAGAACCUUGUGCACCUGUUUGGGAACCCGAGGUUCGAGCUCAUUCGUCACGAUGUGGUGGAGCCGAUCCUCUUGGAGGUUGAUCAGAUCUACCACCUCGCAUGCCCUGCAUCGCCGGUGCACUAUAAGUACAACCCUGUCAAGACCAUCAAGACGAAUGUGAUGGGUACGCUUAAUAUGUUGGGGCUUGCAAAGAGGAUUGGGGCGAGGUUUCUGCUUACUAGUACUAGUGAGGUUUACGGUGAUCCGCUGGAGCAUCCACAGAAAGAGACAUAUUGGGGAAAUGUCAAUCCAAUUGGUGAGAGGAGCUGUUACGAUGAAGGAAAGCGGACUGCUGAAACCUUGGCCAUGGAUUAUCAUCGUGGUGCUGGCGUUGAGGUUCGUAUUGCUCGAAUUUUCAACACAUACGGACCCCGCAUGUGUUUAGAUGAUGGGCGUGUUGUUAGCAAUUUUGUUGCACAGGCUAUUCGCAAACAACCAAUGACUGUUUAUGGUGAUGGGAAGCAAACAAGAAGUUUCCAAUAUGUCUCUGAUUUGGUUAAUGGGCUGAUGGCUUUGAUGGAUGGUGAACAUGUGGGACCUUUCAACCUGGGUAACCCAGGGGAGUUCACCAUGUUAGAGCUUGCUCAGGUUGUCAAAGAAACAAUUGAUUCGAGUGCUACAAUAGAAUUCAAACCAAAUACUGCUGAUGAUCCACACAUGAGGAAGCCAGAUAUUAGCAAAGCAAAGGAACUACUGAACUGGGAGCCGAAAAUCCCGCUGAGAGAAGGGUUGCCGCUUAUGGUGAAUGAUUUCCGGAAUCGGAUUUUGAAUGAGGAUGAAGGAAAAGGGAUGAAGUAGGCAGCAAACCCUGUAUGUAUAUGGAGAAGGACGUGUCUCGUCGUCAUUUUUUUUUCUCAUCUAUAGUCAACAUCAACAGAAAGUUCUGGUAAUACGUCACUCUUGUAGGAAGAUAUGUCUACUGAUUUUUACAUUUAAUCAUUCAUGCUUGCUUAGCACACAAUGUAUUUGUUAAAUUUUGAAAAAUUCUUUUCAGCAGUUUUCUUGUCUAUUGUAUUGAUUAAAGUUGUAGUAUUUGAUAUUUUGAU